AUGCAACGGGCAGUAAUGGGUGGUCGUCUCACUGUCCCCGAUACGAAAUUGAUCCAUUUGAAUAUCAAUGGCCAGAGUCAUACCAUACGCAUCAGUCGCUUCUCAUCGGAUCAAGAGGUCAGGCAUUCGAAUGUUACCGUCAAAAAUAAAAGCGGACACUUUAUUCCUUGUUCUGGAUCAAUGGCAGAAAACACACACGACAACGAAUACACUGUCAAUGUUACUGUACUGGAAGGUACGGAAGAAUUGAAGUUAAUGAGACACGUACUGGAAACACUCACAAGUCAGAUACAUGAGUAA